AUGGGGGUCUAUACCGAUGAAGACGCGUCGUUGCUCGCGAACGCAGCAGUCGGUUAUCCAGCCGCUGUCGCCGCCGCUGCGGGAGUCGCAGGAGGAGCGACUUACGUUCCGCUUCCGGAUGGGAAGCAGCAGCAGCAUACAGAAGUAUCCAUCGUGCCAGUGUAUCGCGUCUCGGCGGUAACGGCUGCACAGGCGCAGGCUUCCGGGUUACCACCAGCGGGAUUCACGUCGCGCGGGUCGCUGUGCUUCGUGAGCGGCACGCCGUACGAGGACGGCGUCAUCCCCCCUAACGCCAUCUUCUCGCACCCCAACGGCCGGCAGCUUCGCGGAACGUUCUUCGGGGAUACGCCAGCGCCGUUCACGUGCCCGUGCUGCGGGUUCUCGGGGCUCACUGAUGUCCGCUCGUCUCUGAGUGCAGCUGCCGUAGUGGCAGCAGCGGUGACAAUCGUUGGAGUGUGUUUCCUUACGCCCGGUAGCUGCAUGUGGCAUAAGAAACACUUCUGCCCUUGCUGCCAGAACAAGGUGGGUGAGCACCAAAAGGACGACAUGUUUCUUCUUGCCGACCCCGUUAACUGGCAUCGCGCAUCCUUCGCCCUCCCACUCUAG